CCAACUAGCCGGCAAGCCAAGCCAAAGCAAAGCAAAGCAGUGAGAUAGAUAUAUGAUGAAGAAGGCCUCAUCACUCUCCGAGCUGGGCUUCGACGCCAACGGCGCCUCCUCUGGCUUCUUCCGCCCAGUGACCGACGGCGGCGUCACGCCGACGUCGCCGCACCACCGCCGCAGGCUCACCAAGGUGUCGGUGAUCGGCGCGGGCAACGUGGGGAUGGCCAUCGCGCAGACCAUCCUCACGCGCGACCUCGCCGACGAGAUCGCGCUGGUGGACGCGCUCCCGGACAAGCUCCGCGGGGAGAUGCUGGACCUGCAGCACGCGGCGGCGUUCCUGCCGCGCACGCGCCUCGUGUCCGGCACCGACAUGUCCGUCACCAGGGGCUCCGACCUGGCCAUCGUCACGGCCGGGGCGCGCCAGAUCCCGGGCGAGACCAGGCUGGACCUGCUCCAGCGGAACGUGGCGCUGUUCCGCAAGAUCGUGCCGCCGCUGGCGGAGCAGUCCCCCGACGCGCUGCUGCUCGUCGUGUCCAACCCCGUGGACGUGCUCACCCACGUCGCCUGGAAGCUGUCGGGCUUCCCCGCCACCCGCGUCAUCGGCUCCGGCACCAACCUCGACUCGUCCAGGUUCAGGUUCCUCCUCGCCGAGCACCUCGGCGCCAACGCACAGGACGUGCAGGCGUACAUGGUGGGCGAGCACGGGGACAGCUCCGUGGCCGUGUGGUCGACCGUCAGCGUCGCCGGGAUGCCCGUGCUCAAGACGCUGCGGGACAGCCACAGCAGCUUCGGCGAGGAGGCGCUCGAGGGCAUCCGCCGCGCUGUCGUCGACAGCGCCUACGAGGUCAUCGGCCUCAAGGGCUACACGUCCUGGGCCAUCGGCUACUCCGUCGCCAACCUCGUGUCCUCGCUCCUCCGCGACCAGCGACGCAUCCACCCGGUCUCCGUCCUCGCCGCGGGAUUCCACGGCAUCCCCGACGACCAAGAGGUGUUCCUCAGCCUGCCCGCCAGGCUAGGCCGCGCCGGCAUCCUCGGCGUCGCCGACAUGGAGCUCACCGAGGAGGAGGCCAGGAGGCUCCGCCGCUCCGCCAAGACGCUAUGGGAGAACACACAGCUCCUCGGACUCUAGCUUCCUCCUAUAUACACACACACACAUAUAGCUGAUUUUAUGUAUUUUCAUGGACAAAAUGCGUUUGGUUCGUCGAUCCUGUCUUUUGGAUUUGUAAACUUGAUACUAGAAUAAUUGAGAAGUCCUGAUAAUGUUUAUUUGUUGCU